AUGAUUCAACUCAUAAAGGAAAAUCGAGUUCGAGAUGCUGUGCGCAGUCUACCAGAACUUGCAACAGAUAACCUCAUAACCAAUGAAGAUUGGAGAACAGCACACCUUUUACUGGUUACGAUAACAUCUGGGUACAUCUGGAGUGGGGAUCCACUUGAAGCACCGUUGGCCCUGCCAAGGAAUAUAUGCACUCCAUUGGUCGCCGUAUCUGAAAGACUCGGCUUGCGACCAGUUAUAUGUCAUGCUUCAGCCUGUCUAGCAAAUUGGAAUCUCAUCGAUCCUUCUCUACCGUUUUCGUUGGAUAAUCUGCAGCUAAACGCUUUCAAGUUUCUGGACAGUAAAGCAAAUCACUGGUUUUUUACCGUGACCGCACAGGCAAGUCGAUGA